CCAGCAAACUCGGCUAACUUGCAUGUACGUACGUGCUUACCCCAGAAUUCAGCACAUUCCCGUCGUUCUUCUCUACAUAGGUGGUGUUCUACUGAUCGGGACUUGAAGCUUGAACACAGUUCCUGUCGGGAUGUUUCGUUCGCUUCUUCAAGUUGCAUCAUGGCAAAGUCAUGAAGAGCUAGAACCCACUCCACCUGGAACUAAUGUUACUAGCAGCGCGAUGACAAGAGGUUUCGAUGCCCCAGACUCUGGCAAUGGUGGCCAAAAUGUGGCACAACAGUCCAUGCAGGAUAUGGUAGAGGAGCUAAAAACAACAGAGACAGUAAUCGCGAAGACGCUUCUCCUGCAACGGAUUGCUGACCUCGUUCGUGAAGUACCUGAAACAAAAGAUACGUUUCGCGGUUCAGACGGAUUUCUCUUACUGGUUCAUGUGCUCUCCACACUGUCAACGACGAUCGGACGACCAGGAUCCCAACAGACGCGUGAUGUGGUAGCUUGUAUCAAGUUGGUUUUCACGUUGGCCUCCGAGACUUUGAAGAGACACGCGGCGAAUCUCGAGUUCUUUGAGGAAUUUAUUGGCUAUUCUUCCCUUUCUGAUGCUGUGGGCCCGCUCGUCCGUAACCCAGGGAUUUCGGAUGUGAUGCUCGGGUGCAUGCUAGCUCUUUCAUUUGGCGAUUUCUUCCUUGUGGAAUUUUUCAGCUCAUUACGAACAAAAUUGCCUGACACCGAGGCGAUGAAUAUCCACUUCCUAGAAUUUGCACCUGGUCUGACCAGUAUUAGCCUCCCCGGAACAUUUGGGGUUCUUUGGAGCUUUAUUCUGCGAACCAUCAACACAGAUCGUGCCCUAAGGCUCAUCGUUUACCGCCUCCUAGAACACAUGACGCAUAACACGCAUAGAAACCUCGCCGUCUUAUGCAUGCAAAAUGUCUUGCCACAUCUUUUCACAUUGUUGAAGUCCACGAUUAGCUCCGGAGACGAUAGGGAGCACCGUGUCCUAGCAAAGAUUCUUCGCCGUCUUUUCGAAAUGGGUGCCAGCACCCAGGACUCGAGGGGACUGUUACAGUGCAUUGCAAAGCAAGAUGGCUCUGUCGAUAUAGAUAUGUUUGAACUUCUGCGCUCGAGUGCGAAGUCGAGGUGGCCACAACACUUCUCACUCAAUGGUUGUUCUGCACUCGCGAUGUCGUCUACAGAAAUGAAGGCCCUCCCCGCCCAUGGGUUCACAUUCAUGGCCUGGAUUUGGCUCGAAAGGAUGCCCUCGGAGCCACACAAGUUAUUCAGCAUAUCUUUUGGGUCCAGCGACGUCGUGGCUCUCUCCGUCGGUAACAAUGGGGUAUUAGCCUUGCAAACACGUGCCGUUCAGAAAGUUCAAGUGCUGCCAAAGUCGAAAGUGACGACUUCUCGAUGGACUCACGUCGCCCUCGUGCACCAUACACAUAGAUCAUCGCAUCCUUCGUUCUGCGUGUUUAUUGAUGGCGUUCUAAGUGAUUCAUUGCAACGGGCAUAUCCAAAGUUAGAUGAAGCUUCGCCUGCGACUUUCAUUGUAGGAGAUGACGUUGCCGCAGUUGACUCUAGCUGGUGUGUCGCUUCUGCCUACCUGCUUUCGGUCGCGCUCGAUGAUGACUUUCCGAGGUUUAUACACCACCUGGGUCCCCGAUAUUCCGAGUCAUUCCAAGACCAGACUCUCAUCAGGUUUCUGACGUACGAAGCAUCGACUUCGCUCAAUAUGCAUAUUUCAGCUCAAGGUGCAGCGCUCCCUGAGAAUUCGCAACUCAAGAAGGCCAUUCGCGGAGACUCGGUUAUCAAUGAAUCAUCGAUUAUAUUUCGUGUCGCGCCUCAGCUGCAUGAUCAAAGGGACAACAUUGUUACUCGAGGUGAUGUACUUACAGUACGCUGCCAACCGCUGGAUCUUGCCGUAUGGAGGAUUGGCGGGGCGGCUCUCUUGCUGCGCUUAGUAGCUCUUGCUCAAACACCGCAUGAACUUUCUAGAGCAUUGAGCGUCUUUUCUGACUGUCUUCGCAACUGUUGGCAAAAUUCUGAUGACAUAGAAAGGUUACAUGGUUAUGAUAUUCUUGCAAGCACGCUGAAAUCUCGAGGUCAUCUCAUAAAUAUGACCAGCUUUGAAACGUUGUUUGAAUUCCUCGGUCUAAAUUUCCGCUCCCCAGAUUUAUCCACUGUUGUCAACACCAUUGCAUACAGAGCCAUCGCACUCGACUUUGAAUUGUGGUCAAAAACCAGUGCCGAUAUUCAACGGGCUCAUCUCGAACAUUUCGCCUUCCUGUUACGUGCUAGCCGAUAUAGAAAUUUCAACAUCAAGAUGCGAUUGUCGAAGCUAGGGAUCGUGCGCAAGUUGUUAGUCGCCAUUCAGUCAGCCUGGUACCCGAAAGAAUCUAUAUCGCUUGUUGUCAACGUGCUGGUGCUUGUUGCGCAAUCAUCGUCUACAGCAGAGGAAGCGAUCAAACCAAUCAUUUCUUACGUAGUUGCCAGCCUUGCUGAAGAGGACCGAUCAUCGUCAGCAUCGUCACCUAGAUCGUCAACUUCCCGUGGAGACUUGCUACGAUCUAGUGCCAGAGAUAAAACUGAACAAGUCCUUGAAGCCCUUGUUUCCAUGAUGCGCCUCCCUUCACUUCACUCUAAGCUUGCUGCUACGCUUCCGAUGCCCCGGAUUUGUUUACUGUUGCUUGGGACCCACCCUUCCGCGCAUACUGCCUGCCAGGCGCUUGCUAUGCUUGGCAUCAGCCUGAAGACAUCUUUGUCAUCUGGCAAAACCUUUGAGUUGGCUAGUGGUUGGAGCAUUCUGAAGACUGUGUUGCCUCGAGUCUGGGAUCGCAGUGUGCAUGAUGCUGCUUUAGACCUUCUACCUGGGCGCCCAGGGGGCAGAUCUAGCGAUGACUCAGGAUCACCUCAGAUGUUAUCCGAUGCGAUCGUCUGGAUCCUUGAUGACUUAGCAAAGCUGCACGAGUCAAGUUCAUCGUUUCGCCGCGUCUUCAGGUCUCAGAGCACUGCCCAGCUGCUUCUUGAUGCUCUCAAUAUCUUCUUUCUGAUAGGGCAGGCUCCUGGGGGCCUGGACGCCAAGAUAUCUACCAAGCUAACCCACUUCGGAUUACUUGUAGCGACGGGCAAGCACAUCUCUGCGUCUCAAAAAAAACAGAUUCUUGACAUCGUUCGCCCUGACGCUCAGCCAAAAAGACAAGCCAAUGCCGUAGACACUUCUGGGUCACGACUUGGUCUUGUUCAAGCAGACACGGUUCUCAAAGCAUCAAUACGUAUGGAAGAAUGGCGAAAGGUUAUUCUUGCUUCGGAGCGCAAACGCUUCAGGCAGAAUCUAUCAGACUUGCAGGAAAAGCGACGUAGAAUCGCAUCCUUUGAAGAAAGUGUUUCUGCAUCAACGACCGAACGUGAUAUUUGGCCCCAUAAAGCUCGGAAAUGCAUGUGGAAAUUAGACGAGACGGAAGGACCACACAGAGUCAGCUUCAUCCUUUUUGAUUCAGAUGCAUUGUCACCGUCCCAGUCAGAGCUUGCUUCUCCGAAUACCCUGGUUGUUCCAUCCUGGACAGACGAAGAUGGCGAUCAUCAGCUCACUGAAGAUAUUACUGAGGACAAACUCAGGAGAGUGAGGCAUCAACUCGAGCCUGGAGAUGUCAUUGAGGCUGUUAGCACUGUCUGCCGAAUAGUCGGCGUCGAUUCUUUUCCUGGCUUGCUGAUCUUUGGGCGUACCCACGUGUACAUUUUUGAGGGCCUCGUAGAGAACGGUGAAGGUGAAGUUAUUGACGCAGGUAGUGCGCCGGAAGGAAUGUUCCUUAUAUCCGGAAGUGCCGUGGACCUUCGUAGCUCGCAGCGUGCCCAACGAUGGUCACUAGAGCAAGUAUCAGGGUUCUCUGACAGAAUGUUCCUUUUCCAGGACGUAGGGUUCGAGAUCUUCUUCAAAGAUAGUCGCACACUGCUGGUUAUCUUCCUUGAUAGAUCACGCCGCCAAGGGGCUUCCCAGAUGCUCUCCUCGAUAGUCUUGAAAAUGAAGAUAUCAGAGCCUAGUCCAAUACCUGGAUCUAUUAUACACACAUCGCUUUUGAGAAGUAGAUCAUCCGCUAGUGCAGUGGAGAAAGAACUCCAAUUAGCGCAACGGCAGUGGCAGAAUAGAGAGCUAAGCAAUUUUGGUUAUUUGAGUGUUCUCAAUCAACUGUCGGGACGUACCCCAAACGAUGCAACUCAAUACCCCGUUUUCCCUUGGGUUUUCAAGGAUUAUGUUUCAGAGAUGCUGGAUCUUUCAUCUCCCGAUGUGUUUAGAAACCUCACGAAGCCUAUGGGAGCUUUGACAGCCGAGCGUCGCGAGGCUGCAGAAACUCGCUAUGAUAACCUGGGGAGUGUUGGAGAAAAGCCAUUCCACUACGGAACGCACUUCAGCUCGUCGAUGAUUGUUUGCCACUUCAAUAUUCGCAUGCAGCCGUUUACCAAUAUGUUCAAGACGCUGCAGGGAGGGGACUGGGAUUUACCCGAUAGGCUUUUUACCGAUAUCGGGAGAACGUAUUCGUCGGCAUCGCAGGACAUCAGAGGGGAUGUGCGUGAAUUGAUACCCGAGUUCUUUACUUGCCCAGAGUUCCUCGAGAACUCAUCCAAUCUUGACUUCGGUAUCUCAACUACCGGAGAACGGAUUCACGAUGUUAAACUACCUGCGUGGGCGAAAGGAGACCCGCUACUCUUCAUCGUAAUACAUCGCCGUAUCCUUGAGAGCCACUACGUCAGCGAGAAUCUUCCUGCUUGGAUAGACCUUAUCUGGGGAUGCAAGCAACGAGACGUGGAUUCUGUGAACGUUUUUCACCCUCUCAGCUAUGAAGGCGCAAUUGAUCUGGACAAGAUUACCAACGAUCUUGAGCGACAAGCUACUGUUGGAAUCAUCCACAACUUCGGGCAGACCCCUAAGAAGCUCUUCACCUCGCCCCAUCCACCACGGAAUCUUCAGGGGCUCCUGAGUCUCCCUGUCACGACAGCCCGUGGUAUCCCUGAGGACGCACUCGCGUUAGCAAGAGAUCCGAAGCCAUUGAAGGUCGUGCUAGAUAGUGCUGUGUCGAAUAUUUCCAUCGACGUGUCGGAUGGAAAAGAUGGUGGCGUGCUUCCAUUGCCUUGUGGAGUGGUCGACCUCCUGUCGUCCGGUCAGGAGCAAGUCGAAUGGAACCAGGAUGUGAGCGAUGGCUCACUGCGGUUGGUAACCCACGGAAAAGUUACACAAACCAUUGAGCAUGUAGCACCCUCGUGCGCUGCCUUGGCGGACCAGGACACUCUAGUAACGGGUUCUGGUGAUAAUAUUGUGCGUGUUUGGCGCGUCAAUCACAGUCAAGUGGCGCCCUCAGGUUUUGUUGGAACUUCGGGGCGGUAUCGCAGGCAUGCAUCUUCAACGCUGUCGAUGAUGCACCUCCUCAGAGGACACAGUCAACGUGUAGCGUGUAUUGCAACAUCACGUACAUGGUCAGUUAUUGUUAGCGGCAGCGAGGAUGGGAGUGCUAUCGUUUGGGACCUGAACAGAGGGUGUUACCGGCAUUCAAUUUGGCACAGUGAUGAGAACCUAAGAGCUGAAGUGUGUCUAUCUGCCAUCAACGAGUCUACGGGAUAUAUCGCUACUUGUUCCGCUUCCCAUUUAAUGCUGCACACAAUCAAUGCGAGGCCAAUUGCGAGACUCGAUACUGUGCACGCGCCGAUCACGUCUCUUGCAUUCCAUGAACGUGAAUACUCACAUUUGGAUAUCCUUGCUACGGGUCACAAUGAUGGUUCCAUCACACUAUGGACAUGGAAUGCAGACGGAACACCAGCCGGAAUGCAAGCGCAAUGGGAGUUUGUUGAAGUUCGUCGGAUGAAUCUGGGGGAGGAAGCUUCUGACGUUGCUUUGGGAUCUGUUACUGCGCUUAAGUUCAUUGGUGAACGCCUUUGCGCUGGUUAUGCUUCUGGGUUGACUUAUAUGUGGACAAUUCCCAGCUAAACUAUUUAUAAUCGUUUUCUAGACCUCCAAAGGCAACAAUAUUAAUGACACUGAGCAUUCGAUUCUAGAACUUGUUCUUAGUACUUACCG